AUGAGGCUGUAUAGGCGAUCUAUAUGGCUUCAACGCCCUGUUAUUCGGCAUUUCAGUCCCAGCGAGCGUAAAAGCUACUCAACUGGUGAAAAACUGCGACUCAAUGCAGUCGGAAUUCAGCACUUAAGUGCUCAUCUGCAUAAGCAGGUGUUUGGGCGAAAUUCAAAUCCAAGUCAACAAGAAUCUCACGAAUCACAACACAAAGACUUGGAGCGACUUUCUAAGCAGUUUUUGAGACACCAUGGUCUCUUGGGAAAGACUUCUGUGUCGAAACCAAUUUCGUUCGAUGUUCCCGAACUGCAAGGCAAUUCUCUUGAUGAGCAUUUUCAGAAACUAGGCCAAUUCGCCGCGUAUCCUUACCUUGACAUGGCUCGGAACAAGUUCACUAAGCUGGUUCGCAGGCCUGAACGCUGGAUACUGAGAAGUGGGUGGAUUCGGUAUGAGCCCGGUAAAGACCCGGAACCGGUACCUCGUCCCGAGGAAGAUACGAUGGUUUUCGACGUGGAAACCCUAUACAAAAUUGGACCCUACCCUACGCUGGCCGUAGCAGUCUCCAAAAAUGCAUGGUACUGUUGGUGCUCACCUUAUCUUUGCGGAGACGAAAGCAUUGUACAUCUAAUUCCAGUGGGCACCCACGAGCGACCGAAGCUUGUAAUUGGACAUAACGUGGGCUACGAUAGAGCGCGCGUACUCGAAGAGUACAAUCUUCAAGAGUCCAAGGCAUUUUUUUUGGAUACGAUGUCAUUGCAUGUCGCGUCAUCCGGUAUGUGCGCCCGGCAGCGUCCAAGAUGGGUGAAGAGCCAGAAGGCUAUGAACGAGGAAAGUUCUGAUAAUGAUAACGAAACGACAGAUUACGACAAGGAUUUAGAGGAUCCUUGGUUGAGUGUAUCCACUGCCAAUUCUUUGAAAGAUGUGGCCUUGUUGCAUUGCAAUAUCAACAUGGAUAAAGACAAGAGAGAUGCCUUUAGCACCCUCGAUAAACAAAAUAUUGUAAAUGAUUUUAACGAACUUGUCGAUUAUUGUGCUACUGACGUAGAAGUUACGAGCAAGGUUUUCGAUAAAAUUUUUCCGCUUUUCCUUCAAAAAUGCCCUCAUCCUGUCUCUUUUGGAGCUUUAAAAUUUCUCUCAUCUAGUUUUUUGACUACGAGGGCAAGCGAAUGGUUCGACUAUAUCAAUCGUUCUGAGACUAUUUACCAAGAAAGUAAAAAUUUGGUCGAAGAUAAGUUGAUCAGCAUUAUUGAGGAAAUCGUCAAACUUAAGGAUGACAUGGGCUCUGUAAAUCGAGACCCAUGGCUCAAGCAAUUGGAUUGGACCCUCAAGCCUCUGAGGCUCACAAAAAAGGGAGAGCCACAUAAGAAUCAAAAGCUUCCAGGAUAUCCUGAGUGGUACAGAUCGCUCUUUCCAACGAAAGAUACUGAAAAACCACAAAUUUCGAUUCGUACCCGCCUUAUUCCGAUUUUCUUUAGACUUUCAUGGGAAGGUUCUCCUGUUGUCUGGCACGCUGAUCAUGGUUGGUGUUUCUCAGUUCCAUAUCAUUUGAAGAAGGAGUUCGAGGCAAAGAACUAUAUUUGUGUUAGAGAUCUGAAAGAUACGAACGAAAACGAAAGUGUUUUCAAGAUUCCGCAUCCUAAUGGUCAACAGUUCAAAUGCACCACAUUACUUAGCAAGCCUUAUAUUCACUUUUUUGAAAAGGGUGUUUUGACCUCAGGUUCUGAAUUAGCGCACGAGGCUUUGCAAAUAAAUUCUUCUGGUUCGUAUUGGAUGUCGGCUAGGGAGCGGAUAAUGUCCCAGUUUGUUGUCCCCAAGAAAUGUGCUCCUUCGGAAUUUAAAGGCCUGACUGGUGAUAAAAUUGAAAAUGAUGAGGUUAGUAUUAUUCUACCAGCGCUUAUCCCGAUGGGGACGGUCACGAGAAGAUCCGUCGAGAAUACUUGGCUCACAGCUUCGAAUGCUAAAUCAAAUCGGAUAGGAUCUGAGCUCAAAGCUCAAAUAAAGGCACCAAAGAAUUAUUGCUUUGUAGGCGCGGAUGUUGACAGUGAAGAGCUGUGGAUUGCUUCGCUAGUGAGUGAUUCGGUAUUUGGGUUACAUGGCGGAACACCUAUAGGCUGGAUGUGCCUGGAGGGUUCGAAGGCGAGUGGAACAGACAUGCAUAGCAAAACAGCUAGUAUAUUAAAUUGUUCAAGAAGUGAGGCCAAGAUUUUCAACUACGGGAGGAUUUAUGGGGCUGGCAUGAAAUUUGCUAGUCAGCUUCUCAAGAAGUUCAAUCCUGGUAUUACCGAUGAGGAGGCCAAACUUACCGCCGAAAGACUUUAUGCCUCAACGAAAGGUACCAUUCAGCAUUCUAAAACCUUUAAAAAGUUCUGGUUUGGCGGCUCGGAAUCGAUUCUUUUCAACAAAUUAGAGGGCAUUGCUGAACAGAAAGAGCCAAGGACUCCGGUGUUAGGUGCGGGAAUUACAAAUUCACUGACCAAAUCAAAUUUGGGUAAAAGCUCCUUUCUACCAUCUAGAAUCAACUGGGCCAUCCAGUCUUCGGGAGUUGAUUAUUUACACCUGCUGUGCUGCUCCAUGAACUACUUGAUUAAAAAAUAUUCCUUACGAGCUCGUCUCGCUUUAUCCAUUCAUGACGAGAUUCGGUUCUUGGCAGCCAAAGAAGACAAGUAUCGUGUUGCCAUGGCUUUGCAAAUCAGUAAUCUGUGGACCAGAGCCAUUUUCUGCGAACAAAUGGGGAUUUCUGACUUGCCGCAAAAUUGUGCCUUCUUUUCUGCCGUUGAUAUAGACCACGUCCUUCGUAAAGAAGUUGAUAUGGACUGUAUUACACCGUCCAACAAAGAAGCAAUACCACACGGCGUCUCAUUGAGCAUUAAAGAGCUGUUAGAAAAACCCGAAAGCAGUUUAGGAGAUCCGAACCCAAAAAUUGAUGUUACGCAAUUUUCUUAUAACAUAAGGGAACGUGUUUUAAAAGCAUGCGACAAGGAAUACACGGAUCAUUUUUUAGACUCUUUUCUGAAAAUUCAGAUCCAAACUGCGAAAUGGAAAGUCGACGAGCUUGAGCAAGCCUUUCGCCGUGAGUUCGCAAACAAAGCAUUAAAAACGCAGUUUUCUGACACUGAUGAAAUAUCCCUUCAGGAAUAUAUGGAUGGCGUUCAACAGGACGAUCCCCAGAGGGCAGGAUUGGCCCAGACAAGUGCUCAUGGAAAUGUCAUUGAGUUGCGGGCUUCAGACGCUUUAGGGCCUUUUUCCAACCUUCGCGAUCAAGCCAAAAUUGCAGCUUGGAACACUCGGGCAAGUACUUUCGAUCUAGAAUCACAGCAUUUAGUCUCAGCAAAGGAGGGUUUAGACGCAUCGGCAAUCAAAGCUUCGCGUUUGGGGACUUGUAUCAAGACAAGAAGAAACAAGCGAGUAAUUGGAGGAACGAACGCAUAUACUGCUUUCGAGCAAUGCAUGAAUAAACCUAGAAGCUACGUUGACACAGUUCAAAAAGCACUUUCCGCUAUCGAUGUUGAUACUGUCGUCAAAAAUGUGGUAGAAGGUAAAGCUGUGCCCGAGAAACGAGCAAAAUCUGCAAACCCUGCCAAACUUGUGGGCUCAACCAAGAAAAGAGCCAAAAACCCCUGUACAACAAAAGCAGAAUCGCGCUUUAAAACCACCAACGAAAAGGAGUUUGGUGGUUCUUUUCCGCGUCGGACUUUGAAAACGAGCGACACUUCACUGGCAUCAAAUGGGCUUUAG